UUAUGGAAGAUUGAGGAGCGAAGCCAUGUGAUUUGGGAAAAGCUUUAUAGAACACGUAGACGUAGUUCGGGAGGAGAAGAGAGCGGUUACGCUUCUGCUUGCGUUGCUUCGCUUAAUCCUCUCGAGGUUUAUCCACUCGCGAAACCUUGACGUUUCGACUUUCCGCAUCGUCCUUAUUGCCAUUGAUUAGGUCUUCAGAUCUCGCCGAGCUCUCCGGGAGAGACUCCUGAUCCAAUCCAAACGCUUUGGCGCAUGCAAGUUUUGGGGGUUCGGCGAUGAAGUUUGGGCAAACAUUCACGGAGUAUCUGCAUGGAGAACAAAAGGCGUUUUUGAACAAAUGCUCACAUGUCGAGUAUAAGCGUCUCAAGAAGGUGUUGAAGAGCUGCCGGAUCUGCCGCUCUCUGAGCGAUGAUGGUGGUGCCAUUAAUGUCAGUAAACAACGCGAGGGCAACGAGCUGCCGACGGAGGAUGACCAAUGUGAUUCUUGUGCAUCAUGCAAUCAAAGGUUCUUUACUGAGCUUACUAAGGAAGCUUCAGAGAUAGCUGUAUGCUUUAGCUCAAGAGUCAGACGCCUCCUCAACCUUCAUAUUUCUUCUGGAUUGUAUAGAUGCGUGUGGCGUUUGCGGCACUGUUUUGCUGAUGAUCAACAAAUUAUGAUACAAGAAGGAAGAAUGUUACUCGAUUAUGUCACUAUGAAUGCUAUUGCUAUAAACAAAAUACUUAAAAAGUAUGACAAAGUACAUGGUUCUGUUGAUGGAAGAAACUUCAAGACUAUGAUGCGGGCCAAACAAAUAGAGCUUUUGCAGUCACCAUGGCUCAUAGAACUGGGUGCAUUUUAUUUAAAUUUCAGAGGGUCAGACAUGGGUGAACCUGGAGAGUUUUUCAACAAGGUUUCUUGUGAUCUAUCAGAUACACAACCUGUAAUGACCAUGACCCUUUUAAAUUCAAAGAAGUACGAAUACAGCCUGAUCUGCCCCGUUUGCUUGGACAUUGUAUUCAAUCCGUAUGCAUUAGGUUGUGGUCAUCUUUUUUGUAAAGGUUGUGCUUGUUCAGCUGCUUCUGUGCUGCUCUUCCAAGGCCUCAAGGAAGCUCCUAAAUCAGCCAAAUGUCCUGUUUGUAGAGCGGUGGGUAUGUACAAGGAUGCAGUGCAUAUGACAGAACUGGACCUCCUGUUCAAGAACAGAUGCAAAAAGUACUGGAAGGAGAGGUUGCGGAGUGAGCGUUCUGAGAUGGUGAAGCAAGCAAAGGAAUAUUGGGAACGGCAGACUAUUUCCGCGGUUGGGAUUUAAAGUGCUAAUAAGCGGUAAAGCAGUUGCAUUAUCUCUGAUUAAAUGAUCAAGUUGAUCAAUUGGUUCUUCGGUUGUUCGCUGACCUCGCUAGAAUUGACGUUCUUUUUGUUGCCGUUAUCAGAAUACACACACAAAGAUCGCUUGCACCUUAGUUUCUCAAGUUAACGAACUAAGUUGGAGGUGACUUUGAUGAUUCAUUUAUUCAUUCCAUCUUUCAGUUAUUGUGUCAAUAAUUGCUUCUUUUACAAUUACUACGUGUUUUAUUUAUUUAUUCAUAUUGCAUGUGGUAAGAAUCUGUGAUCCUUUCUACUGCUUAGUAUUAACAACUUUCAAUAAAAUCUGGGUCAUACAUUCGUGCCCUUUGUAGUU